UUCAGACAUGACUCAUGUGAGGAAUGGGAGCAUCCAAUAAGGCUGCUCUUUCAUGAUGUAUCCAGUAGAGCGGCUCAUAAACAAAAAGAGAAAUAUAUUAUCAAACAAGAUAAUAAAAGGGUAAACAGAUCACUCUGAAAUUUCAAAGGAAGGAAAAAUCAUCUCUCUUAUUAGAGAAAAUAUGUGAAGUUUCUGUGAAAGGCUGGGUGUCAGCCAUGGCCCGUGACGUAUGAUUGGGAAGUGGUCAACAUCCAGGGUUGGGAAGAAAUGAUUCUAGGCAGAAGGACUGGCCUCAACAGAGGCACGAUUUAGGGGUGGAGUGAGAGUGGGGCUUGGCCCGUAGCAGAAGCGGGAGGAGAAAACAUGAAUUUCUGAUUGUCAGUCAUGUAGGCUACCCGUAGGGAUAGUAGUGAAGAAUAAGAGCUGAUGGUUUAGGAGUGACGGUAGACAAAGCAUGGUGGGAGAAGAUGGGCAGUCUGAAACUGAACUUAUAAAAGGAAGGAGAUAGUAUACAAACUUCUGAGCAUCUAGAGCACAGUGAUGGAAUCUGAAAGGAAGGAUGCCUAAGGAAAACUGAUGGCUCAUUUCACCUACCUCACACUUUGGCUAAGGAAAGGAUCUAAUCAAAUAUAUUUGGAUCUGGGUUUUGUGUCUCCACUUGCCAAUGUAGAGAGCCAAAGAGAAGUAAGGUUCUUCUUGAAGAUGUGUGUUAUUCCCCAAAGAAUCUUUUAGGAAAAGCAAACAGCCUGAGAAACAUUUGCUCAUUAGAUGUGUUCUGGCAGCAGCCAGAGAAGUCCAGAGAGUACCCAGGACAUGUACAGACACAUAACACACUUGAUUCUUCAAACACUGAUGAUUUAACUCUUUUGUCAUCAACUGUCAUAUGAAGUCCUUCUUACUUUCUCUGGUAAGUGUACUGAUUUAAAAAACAAAUAUUUUAAGUAUUGUAAGACAGUGAUAGAGUUUGUUUCCAAAAAUUAUUGCGGAAAACACUGGUUGUUGAAUCCAGUUUACAGCUAUCAGUAGGACACAUGAUUUUUUUCAAUACCCUCAUGUUUAUUGCCAUAAAGAAGGGAAGGACUCUCUAGCGUCUGCUUGAUUCGAGAACAUCCUGGCUGCUGAGUCUAAUAAGCCAUAGGGCCCUCUUCUGAAAUCUGGUGCUGAUAUAUUCCGCAUGUAACCCCAUUACCUUUGUAAGAAAAUCCUUCCUGCUGAAUGAGAUGGGUUUGCAUCUGAGGCACAAACAUAACAGGCUGUGUCUUUUAAACACUGUUGAUGUGUCUAUCCUUUGCCUUCUCUUUUUCUAGAUGAAAAUCCAUAUUUUCCUGGUAAGAAGUAUGGUUUGCCAGAGACAGAGUGGCUUGUAAUAAGAGAGCUUAUCUACCUUAAAGUCAUCAUAACUUCCUGGCUUGAGAUAAUCUCCAUAACCUCACUCCCACCUUGUCUCAUUGAACGGCAGAUGGGUUCACUGAGGACUGCACGUCAUCCAAACCCAGCCGCCAUAUUCUCCUCCCUUUCCAAGUCCGCUUUGUGAACAGCUAAGAGCAGAGUCAAAGAGAUCUCAGAAAGCGAACGGACCAAGGCAGUAGUUUGGGGCACUAAAUUACUGUAGCAAACGAUCAAGCAAAUUCUUGCUAUUUCCCCCUCAAGCUGAGGCUGACAACCUAAACACGAUUAGGUUUCACAUGACCCUGAGACUCUGGGAGUCAAAACAUGAGAAGAAACAAGAUCCUGCAUAUCACAUGUGAGGCUGCGGAGACGAGGCCAAGCCAGCUGGGUCAGCUCGGCAGUGUUCAAAGAGAAGUAUCAAUUAAUGUCUCUCUACAGAUGCAGGGAGGCAUGGAUCUCUCUGUUUUGCCAAAUAACAACCAUCCUGACAAGUUCCUGCAGCUCGAUGUGAAGUCUCUAAUGAGGAACUCAGCCCUUCUCCAGGCCAGCCUGGUGAGGUUUCCGGGAGAGAAUUACCCUGCUGCACAACACUGGCAAAACCUGGUCUACUCACAGAGAGAAAAGAAUAUUACUGCUCGACAUGUGAGGGGAUCCAUUGUGAAGGGCACCAUCACCGUCGAGAGCCCCCCACCAUCCUUAUCAUCCGUUCUGAAGAAUAACCCACUCUAUGGUGAUGUAAGUUUUGAGGAAGCUACAGAAGAAAGAAAAAAGAAUCCUUCAUGGACCGCUGAGGAAUAUGACAAGCGUUCCCUGCAUACCAACCUCUCUGGGCAUCUGAAGGAAAAUCCUAAUGACCUACGGUUUUGGUUGGGAGAAAUGUACACACCUGGUUUUGAUACCUUACUGAAGAAGGAAGAAGAACAAGAGAAGCAUUCAAAAUAUCGUCGUAUAGGUCUGAUUCUGUUCCUCGUAGCCUGCAUCUUGGUUUCCAUAGUGACUGUUAGCACUUUUUUCAUCUAAAGAGACUACCCCCAGACACAGUCACUUCAAAUUUCUUUAAAAUCUUUCUAAAUAAACAAUUGCAGAAAAACA